AUGCGCACUCCUCGGAUCGUGAUCCUUGUGUUCUGCAUCUCCUCGUCUCUCUUCCUCCUCUUCCGCUCGGCGACAGCGUCCAGACACGCCGCAUCGUCUCGGUACCCCACUGAGAGCCGACCUAACAGAUCGAUAUGGGGACUCAUCUUCUACAACACGCCGUUCUCCCUGUUCCCGCCCAACGCGGCCAUCAGCUUGACCGACGACAACAGCACAUCUUUUGCAGCUCGGCCUGCAGCGUUCGGGCCUAGUCUAUCGCCGAGUGGGCUGAGCGGGCAGCUGUGGGUUGGGAGCGGCUUCACUGAAGACAGCUUCGAUGUCAACGGGGAGCUCGGUUGCAGCGAUCUUCCUGGCUGGGACGGUGCAGAUGCGAAACAUGCACUGAAGCAGAGCGUUCACGGAGCUGCAUUACGCGCUGAUGCCUUCAAAUCUACACGCCAUUCGCGGGCAAACGACGACCUUGUUACUCGAGACAAGUCAGAAGCAGAUGCUGAAGCGGGCCUUCACCCGAACGUUCCUGCUGAUGAUGGCACCGACAACCACCUUCACGUCAGAUUUAGCAGCGCCCUCCCUCGGCAAGACGCCUCUGCGUCCUCUCACGCCGAUAUCCAAUCGAUCCAGGAAGGAGCUGAGAUCAAGGGAAAGAUUGUUCUGCUGAUGCGUGGAGGAUGUGGAUUCUUAGAAAAAGUCAUGUGGGCACAGCGCAGAGGCGCCAUUGGCGUUAUCGUGGGCGACAACGUCAAGGGAGGACCGCUAAUUCAAAUGUUUGCCCAUGGCGACGAUGUCGACAACGUGACGAUUCCGUCAGUCUUCACAGCUCGGACGACCGCACAACUGCUAUCGUCGUUGACACAGCCUGGUAGUUUUAUCGAAGACACUCUCGAUGACAACGGUAACCCUGUCCUGAAAGUCCAACAGGGAUCCAGGGCAAGAAAGAGCAAGGGCUCGGGUUCUAAGACAACUCAGUCGAAGAAGUCAAAGAGAUCGACCAAGGAAAAGCGGCUUACAAAGAGAAAAGAAGCUGAAGAUAAGCCGGGUUGGUUUUCGCGCUUUUUCAAAUGGGGCACAUCUUCUCGCAGCGUGCACAGCGAGAGCCGGCCACCAAGCAGCGGCCAGAUAGACUGGGUUGUGGUUGAGGAUUGGGUUGACGAGAAAGACAGCAUUACAAGACCCAGCAUAACCAAACAAAAGAAGCAACCGAAGCAACAACUAAAAGCAGGAGGCGACGACUUCAUCAUUGGAGUUCAGGACUGGCGGGACCCAGAUGUUCUAAGCAAUACCAAGGCACCGGCCUCUUCUCCUACUAGCUUGAAGGGUGAGGUCUCUGACAAGGCGGCGAGCCCCGACGAGCCCAAGGGUGGAAGCAUUACCCCAAGCAGUGGCGAGUAUAAGCUCCAUAAGGGGUCUGAAGAUGAAAACGAAUCUACCUCUACCUUCGAGCUCAGAGGAGUCGCGCCAUCCGGCAAGGGCAAGAGCCUCAUCUCCAGAAUUUUUGGCGAUGAUGAUGACGAAAUAGACGAGGUCCUCGAGCUUGAUAAUGGUGAUUAUGAUGACGACAUUCCAGAAGAAGACGAGGAUCCUGUGCGUCACGAGGGUCUCUGGGUUACCAUCACGCCGACCAGUAGCGCCAGCCCGUUCUUCGAUACCCUCCUUGUUCUUGUAAUCAGCCCCUUGGUGACACUUUCUAUUGUAUAUGCUCUCCUAGUCUUGCGUGCGAGAAUCCGAAGGAGAAGGUGGCGGGCGCCCAAGUCUGUGGUGGAGCGACUGCCCGUCAGAACCUAUCACACUGUUGCACGCUCUCCCAGCCUGUCACCUAGGGUUUCUUCUCCCUCAGGCGCAACAGCAACCACACCACUGUUGCAGUCUAAUCCUAGGCCCAGCAGACCACGACCUCGUUCCAGGACCGCCAGUGGAGCCUUGGAAAGCGCUAAUUUCCACGCCCCAGCUUCCAGCAGCUUGCCGGUGCUACAGACAAAUGCUCGUGCUGGUCGUUCCGGCCACGAAAGGGGAGCCAUCUCGGGCGAGUGGAGAAAGUACAUGGGAAGACAGGUAGAGUGUGUCGUCUGCCUGGAGGAAUAUAUCGAUGGCGUGAGUAGAGUAAUGAGGCUUCCUUGUGGCCAUGAAUUCCACGCCGACUGCAUCACUCCGUGGUUGACUACUCGUCGACGAACAUGUCCAAUCUGCAAGGGAGACGUAGUCCGUUCUAUGGGUCGCAGCUCGUGGACUAACCCUAGAUAUGAACCGUACCACGAUGACGGUGACGACGAUGACGACGAGCAGGCGGCCGAAGGUUCAGCAUCAUCCAGCGGCGAUGAGGAUGUUGAGCAAGGCGUAGCGGAAGUGGAACCCUCUGAGGCACGCCGAUCGAAUUGGCAACACAAUUUCUUUGGCAUCAUACCUGGUGUUUCUGGGUACAAUCGCAGACAACGAUCCCAAUCUCCGUCUCCAGAAGAUCGCCAGGCGAGAUCUCAUUAA